UUCACUUUCUGCGAUCGUGCUGCUUGAAGGUUUUUGUUUGAAGAAAGACACGACUGAAGAGAGUUUCACCUUGAAAACAAGCACAGAUCCUAUCCUGGGCGCCUUGUGUUUCCUGACAGGCCUUGGAGACAGUGUCAAGCUUUUUAUUUUUGGAAGGAACAUUUCACGGGAGGACCAGAACCUGUCUGAAAUAUUUCCACAUUUUUGUGUUCGUGAAUUAUUCAGUUAGUUGAAGACAGAAUGUCAUCUGUGUGCCUGCAUUUACUGGGUUUCAUGCUGAGCUCCCUGGGCUGGAUUGCGAUUCUGAUUGCCACCAUCACCAAAGAAUGGGUUCAGAGUUGCUCAACAGGAGUGAGUGAUUGCCUUCAUUUCAAUGGAUUGAAACUAAAGGGACUGUGGACUGAAUGUUACCGAUCAACUGACAGUUAUCACUGCAAGACUCUGACGGACAUCCUGACAAUGCCAGCCUAUUUGCAGACCAGCCGAGCCCUGAUGAUCACUGCCUCCAUCUUAGGACUGCCGGCAACUCUCCUCAUACUCACAUCAUUACCAUGUAUGCGGUUCGGAGCUGAAUCCCAUUCUUCCAAGCACAAGCAAUCCUUACUGGGUUCCAUUCUGUACAUACUAAUGGCAAUUUGUGCGGCUGUUGCCACAAUCUGGUUCCCAGUGGGAGUCCACCAAAAUGCACGUCUCUUCAAUUUCGGCUAUUCUCUCUUUGUGGGUUGGAUAGGCACCAUGCUGUGUCUGCUCGGGGGAACAGUGAUCGCCUGCUGUGCCAGUCCUUCAUCACAACGCCAGGAAAACCAGUAUUACUACACUUCACAAGGCUCCUCCUCCUCCUCGUCAACAAACCCAACACAUGCCAAAAGUGCCCACGUCUAAGGAACAAUGAGAAGCUCUCACAGAUCGUGCAUCAAGGCACACAUAAAACCCAUGGCAAAUGCCCACCUUAAAACACACUCUUCCCUAACUUGAAGGACAAUGCAGAUUGAAGUUCUACUUCACAUUGAACAGAAGAAGAAACCCUAGUUUUGUGAUUUUAAUUGUGAUCUUGUCAUGGAUAAUGUUAAAUUAUGAUAACCACCAACUUUUGCUUCAGCAAGAAAAGAUAUAAAAACUAAUGUCCAAUCUCAUGCAUCAAAUCUGCAGAUUAGUAACAGCCAGUCUGGAUUCAUUUAGAUGUGUCAAGUUGUGGAUUUGAGACAGUAUAAAGCUAAAUAGUUAUUGAUUGGUUGCUGUCCUAAAAUGCAUUUGUCAGUAAAGUAUAAAAGGUUUGUAACUCAAACAGUAUUAUGCAGCCUCUCAAUUGCCAAAUUGGGAAUAACCUUCAAAACUAAACUGAAAAUCUGAAAAUAUGCUGAUGUUCUUUAUCUAGAUCUUUAUCUAGCCUCUGAUCCCUGUUGGCUUGCAUAGGCCCUGUGCUUCUGUUCUGCGUUGGUGAAUUUGCACAUAGCUUGUUAACUACAAUGGAGCCUCAAAAAGAGCAAGGGAACAAUGAGGUUCAUGGGAUCAUGAGAGGAGGAAGCAGUGGCUGUAAAAGUAAACCCUAAAUUGCCAGAAGACCAAAUGUAAAAGAUUAGUAGAUAUAUUCCAGGAUAUUGGGAGAAAGAAAGGAAGCUAAAUGGCACAUACUCAUCAAAAGGCAAAUUGACCUUCUGAAAAAGUUAGGAGAGGACAUUGAAGUGAACAAUGUAAAUUCUGUUAAGGCAAUUGGAUGAUUUCAGUGAGUUGGUAAAAGGAGUUUGAUAGCGUUGAUCUGAUGUAUUGAAUUAUGAUAUGAGUUCCUUGAAAUUCUUUCACAUCACACAACACUUUUCGUUUAGACCGUGCAGAUCUCUUUUCUUAUUCACUCGAUGUUCUGCUACAUAUAUCAACAUAAAAAUUCAUCAAACUCAUGAAUAGUUCCUCAGUUUUUGCUAAACUAUGAAAAAAUCAAUUGAAAUCAAGAGGAGCUGACCUUGAGAAAUAACUGGACAGCGCAAAUGAUCCAUCCUAUAUAUUAAAAAAUACAGGGGUGGGCAAACUGGAUGCAGGGAUGAUGUUUCCCUGGC